CUUAAACUGCGAACAGUUGCCGCCAACUUUCUUAAUCAUAUAUUCCGCUUCUCUACCAAGCGAUUGGUACCGUAACUCAUCAAAGGGUCUUAUCUCUUUCCUCGCCCUGGAAGAUUCAUUGUCAUCACAAACAUCUCCGCACUCAAAGCACAUUCACAGAACCAGCGAUAGCUCAACUAGGGCUUAGACGCUUUGGAGUCGCCCCCUUUCGAGCUAGAAUCUACCCGGCCUGUCUGAUCAAGGAAAUUGAAUGGCAAUCACUAAAACCCGGAACCGGGGUUCUAGGAGUGCAUGCGAUCGAUGCUACCAACUUAAGGAACGCUGCGAGCGUGCGUCGACCUCCUCUUCUUGUGAAAGAUGUAAUAGACUGGAUCAGGUCUGUUUGACGGUCCGCCCAGUACUACCGACAGGACGCCAAACAAGUCGUCGAAACCCCUCAGCCCCUCAAAUGGCAUCGAGUUCUACAACUAGCAUGCAUUUUAUGCCUUAUGUCGGCUCGUGGCUGCGGGAAGCCCCUGAUUUGAGCCCAAAGGAGAGAGAUCUGCUGAUGUUUCUUCUGGGCGAUUCUCACACCCAGCAGUAUUCUGUCGUCAGCCCCCGCUUCAAAGAUGCACAGCAGGUUUCAUUUGCCGGCCCAUUGCCAGCUGCUUGGCCAAUCCUCAAGGAUUCAUACCUUGCCUAUGCUGGUGUACUAAAGUCACUUCACCCCGAUUGCGCAACGGAAGCGGGUGGUGACUUCAAUCUCCGCCACGUAACUUCCGCCAUGAUAGUGUUGCAUAGCCUUCCCAUUACCAAAAUAGAAGACGCAGAGCUAUGUCUUACACUAGGAUUUGCGUUGGCAUUCUCUGUCUACGCAGUCAUUGGUGUAGGUAUCUCCGACAUCUGCCACUAUUGCCUCAGUGUUACAAGGCCAUUCAUUGAGGCUGCCGAUGUGGAUCCAGAAACGGACGCUCGCAUAAGCUUUCUCGUGCUAUUAGAGACCAUGGAAUGCCUAGUCCACCGUCGAAACCCGACUUUGAGAAUCCAGUCGCGAGCCACUCGAAGUGUGGACCGCUAUCUUGGGCUCUGUCUCCCCUUGUUACCGUAUUAUUACGAUCUUUGCAUCAUCAGCCACUCGUUGGUCAAUAGCACUGGCGCCAGUCUCGUAGGCCUUCAACAGCAGCUCGAAGAGAUUCAAGCUCAUGUGGACAAGUGGCAGCCAUCUCAACCAGAGAGAUUCGUCCAUGAAUUUAGUACGGUUGAAGUUAUCAAUCUCCUCACGCAAGCUAGGGUUUUUCGACUAGGAGCGCUUCUAAUGAUUCAUCGUUUACAACACACGUUUGGACAGGAGGAUAGCCAGGCAGAUAUCUGGUCACGCGAGGUGAUGAUGGAACUUGAGCUGGCUCAACGAAUAUCAAACCAGCCGGUUCGAUUUGUUACCCUACCAUUCAUCAUUGCGGCGGUCGAAAUUCGAGAUCCCGCUGAACGAAUCAAAGUGGUUCGGAAUGUAGAUGAAUAUGUUGAUCAAUUUACGCCCGUCGUGUAAAAGGCGACCAAGACAUUUUUGUCGCGAGUUUGGCACGAGCGUGACGUACAAAGAAAUAGCUCUUGGUUGGAUUCGAUUCACAAACCAUGUGUUGUAUUGGACUCUAUAGUAGGCUCUUUCUCGAGUUAAUCAAUUUGAGAUAUGAAAACAAUCCCGAUAGGAAUUUUACUCUAUAAAGGUACCUGGGUGUCUGAAAGUGCAUGCAUGGCUUUUUAUCAAAGCAGAAAUUGUACAAUUCAAUCUCUCCGCACACCAUGAAGUCAAAGUAGCUCUCACGUUUUUCGGGACUUAGCGAGGGACGUUAGUUUUGCA